UUCGGUUGUAGGGUUUAGUGCUGUUGUCGUUCCAUCUCACUUGUGUGUUUCUUCCUCCUCCUUUUCCUUGAGAUUCCAAAUUUCCAAUUCAAGAAAAUUUGUGCUCUGCGAAUCCUACAAGCAAGAGAUGGCAUCGUUUUGCAGAUCAGCGUUAAUGGCAGGUUCCAGAAACUUAGCAUCAAGAUCCAAAACCGUAACUCAAAAGUCCCUUAACCUUAAACCCACAGCGACUUCAGCUCCUUUCGCUUCAAUGUCUCAGUCCAUCCCUCGCGCUUCAAGGGUUCUCUCGGCUUUGGGAAGUGUUGAAACGAUGAUGCCGCUUCACAGUGCUGUUGCUUCAGCUCGGCUCAGGUCAAGCAUCGCUGCUGAUUCCUCUUGCUGGAGCUUGCUUUCCCAGGGACUUGCCACGCCUUUGUGACCCCGGUCUGCUGGAUCUAUAUAAGGCGGAAAUAAUCAAAAUAACUGGGAGUUCCUCGGUGACACCAUCAUUAGCAUUGGUCCAUGGGAUUGGGAGAUUCGAGUCCUAGGGACGCAAUGUGGCUGCUAUUGUACUGUUUUGGACGGGUUUAGGACCAGGUUGUUACCCAACUUGGUUCAUGAUAUCUUGGUUUAGAUUUUUUUUUCUUUUGAGCAUUGAAGGAUAUUACACAUUACACAUCUCAAAAUGUUAAUCAUCAUAUUUUAAGCGACCUAACGAACAGAAAAUAAUUUGUA